AUGUCCGCGACUGUCCUGUCUGCGUUCUACGACAUGGACAUGCUUUAUAAGCAGCACGACAAAAGCAUGAACAUGAACGCGCUCCACAUCAACAACAUGCUGGAUAAGAAGGCGGUGGGCGCCCCCGUCGCGGGCCCGGGCUCCGGCGGCCCCUUCACGCCGACCUUCUACCGCAGGAACUCGACGAGCAGCGUGGAGGCGAUGAACAACAGCAACAAGUUCUCGGUGGGGCCCUACUGCAGCCUGAAGGAGAACACGCCGAGCGGCGGCGGCGGCGGCAGCAGCGCCACGGCGCUCAUGAACAAGGAGAACAAGUUCCGCGACCGCGCCUACAGCGAGAACGGAGACCGGGGCGUGCUGCAGCAGAAGCCCGGCUCCCAGAUCAACUCCACCCGGUACAAGACCGAGCUGUGCCGGCCCUUCGAGGAGAACGGCUCCUGCAAGUACGGGGAGAAGUGUCAGUUCGCCCACGGCUACCACGAGCUGCGGAGCCUGUCCCGCCACCCCAAGUACAAGACGGAGCCGUGCCGCACCUUCCACACCAUCGGCUUCUGCCCCUACGGCCCCCGCUGUCACUUCAUCCACAACGCCGAGGAGCGGCGCCCGGCUCCGCCCGCCAACGCCAACGUGCAGGCGGCGGAGCCCCGCGCCGCCCGGGACCUCAGCGGCUUCGGCCAGAGGGACAUCCUGCCGCCGCAGCAGCUCGGCUACACCCAGCGGGACAGACCAAAGCUCCACCACAGCCUCAGCUUCUCCGGCUUCUCCACCCACCACGGACUAGACUCUCCCCUCCUCGACAGCCCCACGUCCCGGACCCCUCCGCCCCUCGCCUCGGCCUCCUGCUCCACCGCCUCCAGCUUCUACGAGGAGGUCCUGGCCCACACCUCCGUGCCCUGCAUCAACAGUGCCUUCUCCUUCCCCGGGCAGGACCUAAAGGCCUUACUCGCCCCGCUGGCGGUGCACACCCCCGGCGGCUACAACAACCACUCCACAGGUGCCUACUUCGGGAACAUGCAGAGCGGCUGCCCGUCCUCCCCCACCUACAACAUGAGCCACUUGCAGGCGCUGCGCCGCCUCAACGACUCGCCGGUGUUCGAGCCGCCGCCGAGCCCGCCGGACUCGCUCUCUGACCGGGAUAGCUACGCCAGCGGGUCGCUGAGCUCCUCCGGGAGCCUGAGCGGCUCCGAGUCGCCGAGUCUGGACGCGGGGAGGCGGUUGCCGAUCUUCAGCCGGCUGUCGAUUUCAGACGACUAA